CACCGCAUUUCCGACAUGUGCCAGCACGCACGCCUUCAUCAGACUUGAGUAAUCGCUCAUAAGCUUGCAAUCCACGCUGGAAAUCAGACAUUUCGCUAAGGUACAAUCAAAGUUGGAUGUAAUGGAAAGGAAAAGAAGCGUAGGAAAGGCAUUUGGUUGUAGGUGUUUUCACGUGAUAUGAACAGCAUCCAAAGCCUUCGACCAUGGAUCUCGGAAAUGGAGAAGCUUUUUUAAACAACUUCGGCAGUCAUAAUAAGUACAUGCCUCCUAGACCACGCAAAACACUCGGCUUUAUGCCAAGGCAGACCUAUGGACGACAGCGAAGCUUUCUGGACCAGCAGGAGCCAAUAGAUAAUCAAUUGGGGGAUGAAGAGCUCUGUAAGAAUAGCGAUAUACAACAAUCCUCGCUCAGCAGUUUAACCUUGCCGCUCAAAAGGAUCAACUCUGAUAUUAGUAUACUUCCAGCAAUAAAGCGUGGAGGCAUACAGAGCAAUCGAUUUAACCCUCAUGCCUACUCCACCGUGAGUAACACAUGCUGCCAAGGAUCAAAGGAGCAAUCAGCAACUCUGAAGGCAUCACAUGAACUUCGUGAAGUUGGGCAGGGUCAUCGAUUCAAGGACGAGAUUGAAUAUGUCAUGGAGGGCGUCAGAUCUAAAGACAAGCUGAAAAUUCGCCAAUCCAGUUGCCUAGAGCUUGCACGUUUAAUGUUGAAAAAGGAAUUUGUUGAGCAAGUUAGGACGCACCAAUAUAUGCCCAUCAUCUUCGAAGCAAUACAUCAUGAUCAAGAUCCAUUCGUAUUUUCUUGUUCGAUACUCAUGUUAGGGAUUGUCCUUCAAGAUAUACGAGCUUGUAACGAUAUUGUUGCCAUCGAUAAUCUCCUUAAAUACCUUUGUAGUGGGCUUGGAAUGGAAAUGGACCCAAUGGCUUUGAUGCCAAGUACUCGACAAGAGCUGACAAUGUACAACGACUUCAAAGAUAUUGCGCGUCAAUCAGGCAUUAUCCAAAAAGGCCAAAAGGUCUUGACAAAGUCAAUAGUUUUAUCAGCGAUAGCCUGUCUUAUCACUGAGAGUGUUUCCUCAGGGGAUAUAGAAGCACUUACAGUCAUCAAUCAGGACCCUGACUUCUUGCAUACCGUCAUCGAGCUUUUAAUUGAUGAUCUCGCUUGGAUUAAGCAACCGUCGCUGUCAUCAGGCGCUUUCCUACCGGAUGUGUUGGACAUUGAUAGGAUAGAGAACUGCCUUCGUAUAAUCGAGAGACUGGCAUUUGUCUCUGAACGUCCGGCUGCGUCGUUGGCAGAAAAUACGCGUCUAUUUCCUCUUCUUGUGCAAUUAAUUACUCUCUGUCGCGCUCAUUCCUUUCAAUACCCACGUCGAACUGAUUCUAUUAAUAUUAUGCUGCAUACGCUACGCCUAUUGGUUAAUCUCACAAAUGGGAACGAGCCAUGCUGCGAUAAACUCGCUCAAAGCGACUCUAUUCAUGUCUUCAUCCAAAAUUUCGUCCAGUUCUAUGCACGUUGUAGGAAUUAUAAUCCUGAGGAUAUACAAGUUGGGAUAGAGCGGGCACUUAGGACAGAAGUUGAAUGCCGGCUAGAUAUGAGACCUUCCAGUCGAACAUUCUUAUUGAAAGAUUUGGCUUUGGCAAAUGUGGGAGCAAAUAAUUUACGUACUGAGGUUAAUGGGCAGGAAGAGAAGGAAUCCUGUAAAAACUUUCCAGAAAUCAUAGUUGGGGAUGAUGCAAAUGAGUGGUAUGACAUUCUUUUGCUAUCACUUGCAUUGUUGAUCAAUAUGCUGGAAUUAAAUCCAGUGAGGAAGGAAGAACUCGUUGGCAGAGCUAUAGGUUUAGACUGCAAGGCUAUUGGCGACUGUUUCCAUGGACAGUGUCAGUGUGAAAAGAGUACUGAAGUCCUGGAGCGACUGGUGGAUAUUUACAAUACAGAGGCUAUAAUCAGUGAAAUGACAGAAAACCAAGUUUUAGCGGCAUAUUUGGCAUUGUUGAUUGGUUUUAUCGUAGCAGGGCAUUCGGAGAGCGAGCUUCGAUUGUAUCGUGCGAUUGCUGGGCAAAGUCUUGUGCCCAUGCUGGGUCUUUUGAAUGGAUAUGCAGCCCUUCAAGAGUCAAUCGAGGUUGAGAAUGCAAGGCGGCAAGACCGGAUAGAACUGUCACAAACUUUUCAAGACGAAUCCUUGAAUGGAUCUUUUACUUUAGCUGGAAAUGAAUAUUCAAGUGACAGUCUUAAAAUAUCAUUUGGGGCCCCAAGAUCUGCAGAAGUCCAACAAAGCUUUUCCAAGAUCAUCCAAGUGUUACAGGAUAUCGAAAAUAGACACGCGUUGCAUAAAGUAAUUUCAGAAUAAAUUGGUACAUAC